CUCCUUCGCUUUCCCAAGCCUUUCCAGGAGAAGCUCACUGCCAUCCGCGCUAUCUGAUACGCUCACUCACCGCUGCGUUGCUCGCCGGCUCAGAUGGCUCUUCAGGCGGCCACUUCCUUCCUCCCGUCGGCCCUCUCCGCGCGCAAGGAGGGAGCGGCCAAGGACUCGGCCUUCUUCGGCGUACGUCUCGCCGAUGGCCUCAAAUUGGACGCCACCUCCCUCGGCCUGCGCACCAAGAGAGUGAACACGUCGUCGGUGGCCAUCCGCGCGCAGGCCGCGGCGGUGUCCGCGCCGACAGCAACCCCGGCGUCGCCGGCCGGCAAGAAGACUGUCCGCACGGGCAACGCGAUCAUCACGGGCGCGUCGUCGGGCCUCGGCCUCGCCACGGCCAAGGCCCUGGCGGAGUCAGGCAAGUGGCACGUCAUCAUGGCGUGCCGCGACUACCUCAAGACCGCGCGCGCGGCCAGGGCGGCCGGCAUGCCCAAGGGCAGCUACACCAUCGUGCACCUUGAUCUGGCCUCCCUCGACAGCGUCCGCCAGUUCGUCAAGAACGUGCGCCAGCUCGACAUGCCCAUCGACGUCGUCGUCUGCAACGCCGCCGUGUACCAGCCCACCGCCAAGGAGCCUUCCUUCACCGCGGACGGCUUCGAGAUGAGCGUCGGCGUCAACCACCUCGGCCACUUCCUCCUCGCCCGCGAGCUCCUCGAGGACCUCAAGGCCUCCGACUACCCCUCCAAGCGCCUCAUCAUCGUCGGCUCCAUUACCGGGAACACGAACACGCUUGCCGGGAACGUGCCGCCGAAGGCCAACCUGGGGGACCUGAGGGGCCUCGCGGCCGGGCUGAACGGCGUGGGCAGCGCCGCCAUGAUCGACGGCGCGGAGUUCGACGGCGCCAAGGCGUACAAGGACAGCAAGGUGUGCAACAUGCUGACCAUGCAGGAGUUCCACCGGCGGUACCACGAGGAGACCGGCGUCACCUUCGCGUCGCUCUACCCGGGGUGCAUCGCCACCACGGGGCUCUUCCGUGAACACAUCCCUCUGUUCCGCCUCCUCUUCCCGCCGUUCCAGAAGUACAUCACCAAGGGGUACGUGUCCGAGGAGGAGGCCGGCAAGAGGCUGGCGCAGGUCGUCAGCGAGCCCAGCCUCACCAAGUCCGGCGUCUACUGGAGCUGGAACAAAAACUCGGCGUCCUUCGAGAACCAGCUCUCCGAGGAGGCCAGCGACACCGAGAAGGCCAGGAAGGUCUGGGAGCUCAGCGAGAAGCUCGUCGGGCUCGCAUGAUCACCGACUGGCCGGCUCUCCGGCGAGGUCUCAAACCCCGAUCGGUCGUCAUUCCGCACCAAGUUGCGAAAUUUUGUGCUUCUUUUCUCAAGCAAAAAAAAAGGAAAAAUAAUUGUAGGACACGUUUCGCACAAACUGCUAGGUUAAGUAUGUGGCGCCCCCGGUUAAGUCCGAAGUGGUUACAGUUCACAAGUGAGUUUAAGCCUGUAAAACUAGUUCUUUUCGCUUCGAUUUGGUAAUAGUGACAAUAAAGUGUCUUGGGCAGCCAAAUAGUGGAAGUGCAGUUCGAGCUUU